UAACAUCGUAACCGUUGUCAGGUGAAGCUUGGCAGCUUGGCUUCGUUUUAGUUUGAAUUCUCAAACAGUAAACAAAUUUUUAAAAUUAUUAACUUCACAAACAGUACCUAACUUGAUAUUUCCUUUUAUUUCUUCAAUUGCGUCUAACGAUGGGAGAGAAAAUGGAUAAUAAUCAAACUGCUGAAGAAGACAUGGAUAAUCCUGGGAUAACCUUUGAUAAUCUUAUCAUCUUGAAAGAGUUCAGCAACAUAGCUGAUUUAGUAAGGAUUGAAGAUUUUUUAGACACAGUACCCAAAGCUAAACUGAGGAGGGUAAAAUGGGUUCCAAUGUUCAAUUGUCUAAAACAAGGUAUUCUUGAUGAAAUGGUGCAAGAAUUUAGUUCAAUGUGGGAGUAUGAAAAUAUGCCUACAAAAUUAGCAAUAUUAGAAAAGCAAAAAGAAAAAUAUACAGAAAUUAAUUCUGAAAAACAGUUAUGGAGACCGCAACUUGGAGACGUAAAAGCUCAGUUGAAAGCAAGGGAUGUAGCCAAUUUGCAGAAACAAAAGGUUCUAUUAGAAUCUCUUGCAAAAGAAUAUGAAACCAGAGUUCACAAAUUGAAGGACAUUGUUGCAGCAAAGAGGGGGUAUUUGAAGGCUUUGCAAAUGGACAUUCAGAAAUACCAACGAAAAAAUGAAGAAUUUAUCACCAAAAUUAAUGACAAAGUCGAAAAUCACCAAAAUUUGGUUAAAAUGAUAAUACCCACCAGAGUAAAUGUCAGGAAUUUUAAAUGGAAUGAUGACGACCUCGAAAUCAAUUGAUAAUGAACAACAAUAUUAUUUGAAUAAAAUUUAUAUUUCAGAAAAUUGUACACACUUGAGAAAAAGUACAACGAAAUUUUAUUACAAUUAUUUUAAACUCAAUCUUCUGAACUUAUCUUUAACUAGUGUAGAUGAAAAUAGAGAAUAAAUUGUUAGUGAUAUUUUAAAGUGUUACUGAUUAAAUCACAUAAAAAUCUAAUGUUGCUUUAUUUGGUACACCAAUUAUACCAACAGCUUGUUAUUCUGCUAUUACAGAAAGCUAAUUUCCAAUUUUAUCAUAGCAACAUAUUAUUUUACUAACAGUCAAAUAUAAAGCUUUGAAUCAUAUUCAAGGAAAUAUUAAAGUCAAAAUGAUAUCCUAAUAGCAAAGUACAUAAGAAUAAAAAUGUAUAUUAAUGAGCACAAGAUACAAUUACAGUGCAAUUUUUCAAUUACAAGUAAAUGCAAAUCAUACAGAAGAAAUAAUAAAAUUCUUAAUUUAAA